GAACCAUUUCGUAGCUCAUGGUCACUCUCCACACCAACCCAAAGCUCACUUUACGUAAUUCCAGCAGCUAACAGUGAUUACAAUAAAAAUUGCACUCCGGCAUCCCUGAGACCAUGUCGCAUGCCUCGACUGAUACUCAGCAGCAAAAGAAAGUCUCAGACAAAUCGGGUGAUCAACCAAACGACUCAACCAACUCCAAUUUAAAUAGUACAGAGUCUUUCUUUAAGUUACCACUCGAACACUCGAAACCAAACACUUUACUUCAAAACUCGAAUAGAAGCCAGUCCUCGCAGAAAAGUUGUAACAACAUUGGUCCUUCGCUUUUACACCGCUGGCUGGAAAUAUCCUCUGAAGAUAGCUACAGCUCUCGACCUCCAGAUUGCUUUUCUACCGAAGUUAGCGACUCCAGCGACACUACUAUGGCUUCCAACCUGCGUGCAGAGAUGGAUAAGUCACAAAAGUCUGCUAAUACCAGUUUAGCCUCCUCCGCUCCACAAUUACCUCAGGCAUCCGCUUCGUCAAUAGACACGACAACCAUUGUUCCGAAAGACAAUCAACACUCAAACUCCAAAACCCAAAUACCUACAUUAAUGCCGGCUCCCGAACUCUUGAACAGUCAUUCAACUGAUAGUAUAUCCAGUAUACAGAGUUUAUCAACUGAUCUCGGUAGACAUACUCAGUCAACUCGAGAAAGUCCAUAUCAGAGCGUUUUGAAUUCUUCCGAAAGUAAUAUAUCGAGCAUAGCGUCCGAUACGCGAAGUGAACAAAACCUUGCUAUGAGUUCAAGAUAUACGCAGCCGCGAUCUCUCCCAUCCAUUCCAGAAAUCGGAUCAGCGGCACGUGCCAGCUCACCCUCCACACUGCCGAGUGAACCUAGUCAACCUGCCACGAGGGGUGACUUAAGGGAUGGAGCCAAUUACAGCCGAAAACGAAGUCAUCAUGAAAGCAUGCUUCACGCUCGAAAUCAGCGAAUCGCUCGAUUCCGAGCCGAUUACACAGCUCGCAAAGGCUCACACAGAUUCGUAUCGUCACACUACUCGUCCAAUAGCAGCCUUACGGUAUCAGGAAGCAACACCAGCGAUGCCUCUGACAACAACAAUGAGAAUGAGGUCCAUUUGUCCAACUGGAAAUUAAAGCGCAUCAAGGUUGGCGAGGCUCUUGCCAUUGUCAUUGGUGGCAUUCAUUGUACGCUUGACAAGCCUUGGCACAGCACCAGAAUUGUCUCCCGAAUUAAUGAACGGACUUUGGUUUCCAGUAGUGGGAAAAUAUACCGAUUAUUUGGUGAGAUCGAUAUUGAAGGCAUGCUUCUAAAUGAGUUUCCGCUGGAGCUUUGCCAUCAGUUUCAAGAUGGGUUUCCUGCCAACUGGGGACAGUUAAUCCUGCCCCAUAUCUUACCACAAGCAUCGGCAGAACUGCCUUCGUUUAUGCAGAAAUCCAGCAAAGCACCAGCGCCGUCUGUGCUGUCGUCAGCCACCCUCUCCACGGGGACGGACUAUGAUUAUCCAGCUGAACUAACGAGCUCAACUGCCGCACGGUCUAAAGUUGAAAACGAACAUACCUCACCCAUGAGCUGGCGUAAUCCAUCGUCACUGUCUUCGUCGCCACAUUCUAUACCCAUGAGAAAUCUUGUGACUGCAGCGGCGCAGAAUGCCGCAUGUGAAUCCGAUUCCUGCCCAGGAGACUAUUCUAACGUAAGUGAUACGACAUACCAAACGGACGGAAGCAAACGUGAGGCAAGUACUUCAGCGGGAGUUCAAACCUUCGUGCCACAAACUGCCAGAAAUAUGGAUGAAAGCGGCCCAUUUUCGCAGUUUUCUGUGCAUCACAUUCAAGCCAAUUCCGUCAACUAUCCUCACACGCCGUGGGGGAUUACAUACAAAACUCUGAAAAGAAGACAAGACGAAAUGAACGAUGUUUUCUUCCAAUUGCCAGCAAGAAAACGCGUUGUCUCUGGGGAUACAGCUGGGUCUGAUACCGCCAUGAAUGAUUUCGCCUCCGAGAGGGGUGGACCAUCCACUCAGGACUCUGCCGUCAAAGCUGACGCUGUUGAGGCAACACCCACCGUGUUUGAUUCGUCCAGCCACGCAAACUUGCCCGAGACCGAUAAGGAAGGCCGAAGUACAAUAGGCGACGGAGGGACGAAAUUUGGCGUUGGCUAGACGUGUUUUGGAAAGAAGUAUACACGCACGCGCGACAUCUCAAGUCCAGAAACAUGUUUUCAUUCCUAAUCACCAUAUAUGUAAAAUACUCCUAACAAGCCCAGCUCACUUCUUCUCCCAUGGGAUUGGAUUGACGCUCG